AGCCAUAUCACACACACACACACACACAAAGCAUACACUUCUGUCCCUCUCCUUUUCCUCCCAAAAGAACUAAAGAAAAAUGAACAACUCCAUUGAAGCCUUCGUUCAAUCUUCUUCCUUCACUUUCCUCCUAAUUUUCUCACUUCUUAUACAUCCAUCAACUUCCUCCACCACCAACUUCGUCUACGGCGGAUGCACGCAGCUCAAGUUCACCCCAGGAACACCGUACGAGUCGAACGUCGACUCGGUCCUCACCUCCGUAGUCAACUCAGCUGCCACCGCAAACUUUAACAACUUCAAAAUCUCCCUCCCGGGUUCGACCCAAAGCGAUGUCGUUUACGGCCUUUUCCAGUGUCGCGGCGACCUCAGCAACGAUGACUGCCACGACUGCAUCGUCCAUGCAGUGAGUCAACUCGGAGGCAUCUGCGCCGACACGUCUGGCGGCGCUUUGCAGCUAGACGGAUGUUUCGUGAAGUACGAUAAUGUUUCGUUUCUGGGGGUGGAAGAUAAGACGGUCGUGAUGAAGAAAUGUGGACCGUCGACCGGGUAUAAUUCUGAUUCGUUGACUCGGCGUGAUGCGGUCUUGGGAUAUCUGACGGCUGGUGGGCAGUAUUUUAGAGUUGGUGGGUCCGGGAAUGUGCAGGGAAUUGUUCAGUGUGUGCAGGACUUGAGUAUGGGUCAGUGCCAGGAUUGCGUUUCGGAGGCGAUCGGACGGUUGAAGAACGAGUGUGGGACGUCACCUUGGGGUGAUAUGUUUUUGGCCAAGUGCUACGCGCGGUACUCGGAGAGUGGGUAUCACUCGGGCAGUGACAAUAGUAAUGAUAUGGAGAAGACCCUUGCAAUUAUAGUUGGACUCAUAGCUGGUGUGGCACUGAUCAUCGUGCUCUUGUCUGCUUUGAAUAAACUAUUUGAAAAGAAAGGUGGUAAAUAAUGAUCCUUUUUGUGGGUGCAAGUAUUCCUAAAGCCUCUCCUUUUUCCCUUGGGCAAAUUGAUUUGAAGUAGGUGCUCCUUUGCUUUUCCUUCCUGGCCCUACAUACUUCUUUAUCUCCAAUCUUCAUGCUCUGGUGAAGUUUCCUUCAUUUUUUCUUCCCAAAAGACGAGGGUUAAAGAUUGGGAUGUGAAGUUUCCUUGAAACUAGUUAAGGUUAAAGUUGAAAUAAGAGGACAUCAUUAAAUUCCCAAGUUACAGGUUCACUUAACACAGUUACUGGUGCGUGUACAAAAUGGCUCUGUACUUUAUAAAAGUUCUCUUUAGCAGCUGAAAGAUAAGACUUGACAGUCACUUUUAGGUAGUUUUUGUAUAUUUGAUGUGUUGUCAAACUUUUAUUUUAUCUAUAAAGCAAUCAAUCCGUAUAAUUAUACAAGAAUUGUAUGCCAAAUGUUCAUGCCGAGUUUAAUUUGGAUCACUUUUUGGUGAUGGAUCACAUUCAGUUCCAUAUUCUGCUUCAGC